UCCUGGCUGUCGGGUUCGCCCGCGUGCCCACACUGCGGCGCGCGCCCGGACGCACAGCCUGACUUUGCGAGAUCCCGGGAAGUUGAACCCGCCGCCAUCUGGCGAAAGCGAAUGUAAUGUGACUUGCUAGUGUGAAUAUCCGAUGCCACCGAACAUCCUCCGAACUGGGGGUUAUUUUAAUUUGGGAUUCCCCUCCCCUCCCCCACCUUUUCCUCCUCCCCCUCUCGCUCCCGAAAUAAAACCGACGGGACCCAGAAGGGAAGGCUCCCCGCACGUCCCACCCGCGCGCACCCACGGUUCCUGCGUCGACAUAAUCUUUAGUGGAACAGGACCGGCCCGGACUCGAACUGCGACGUUUAGAUUUGUUGGUAUUAAUGCAUCUGACAUCAACUAUUCCGCCGGCCGCUAUGACCCAUCGGUGAAGCCCCCCUUUGAUAUAGGUUUUGAGGGGAUUGGUGAGGUGGCAGCCUUAGGUCUCUCUGCCAGUGCCAGAUACACAGUGGGCCAGGCAGUGGCUUAUAUAGCACCUGGUUCCUUUGCUGAGUACACAGUUGUGCCUGCCAACCAAGCAACUCUGGUGCCCUCAGUGAAACCAGAGUAUCUUACCCUGCUGGUAAGUGGCACCACUGCAUACCUCAGCCUAAAAGAGCUCGGAGAACUGUCAGAAGGGAAGAAAGUUUUGGUGACAGCAGCAGCUGGGGGGACUGGCCAGUUUGCUGUGCAGCUCUCAAAGAAGGCAAAGUGUCAUGUAAUUGGAACCUGUUCUUCUGAUGCAAAAUCUGCUUUCCUGAAAUCUAUCGGAUGUGAUCGUCCCAUCAACUACAAAACUGAGCCUGUUAGAACCGUCCUGAAAGAUGAGUACCCGGAAGGUAUCGAUGUGGUCUAUGAAUCUGUCGGGGGAGCCAUGUUUGACUUGGCUAUAGAUGCCUUGGCUACCAAAGGGCGCUUGAUAGUAAUUGGGUUUAUCUCUGGCUACCAGAGUCCUACUGGCCUUUCGCCUGUGAAAGCAGGAACAUUGCCAGUCAAAUUGCUGAAGAAAUCUGCCAGCAUUCAUGGCUUCUUCCUGAACCACUACCUCUCUGAGUAUCAGGCAGCCAUGGAGCAUUUGCUCAAGCUGUGUGCCAGCGGGGACCUGGCCUGUGAAGUGGACCUGGGUGACCUGUCUCCAGAGGGCAGGUUUACUGGCCUGAACUCCAUAUUCCGGGCUGUCGAUUAUAUGUACAUGGGGAAAAACACUGGAAAAAUUGUAGUUGAAUUACCUCACUCUGUCAACAGUAAGCUGUAAAAACAGAACAAUGACAUAAAUCAAAGGAGAAAGAAAAUGAGUACUUUAUGCCUUAGAAUUACUCAAAUCAAUUUAUUUUAGUUGGUAGUGGAUAUAAUAUUUUU